AAUAUUAUAUUCGAUAACUUUUACGCUGUUUUAAAUAAUAAACUCGAUACAUGUCACGAAGUUAAUUUUUUUCAGAAUUGGGCAUUUUUAGCUAGAUUCUGUUUUUUAACGGAACAGGGCACAUUUCGAUAUGAAUUUGAACUAGGAGGUGAUGAAAUCGAUUUGAAAAUAUUAUUAUAUUAUGACGCGCCUGAUCAAUGGCCGAGCGUUUACCCGACCAACAAAACAUGCAUCGAAAAAGAAGCUUUACUUUGGGACGGAAUUGGUCAAAUAGUACCAUUGUCAACAUUAGCACCUGAACAAUCGGGAUGCGUCGAAGAAAAUGCAAUAACACGAUGUUCUAGCUAUCGCAGAUUUCGUUCGUCUCGUCCGAGAUGGUGGUUUAUCGCAUUGGCAGAUUGUUCUUCAAAAACCGGAUUGAAUGUCUCGUACUGGAUUUCGCUAACAAACGGCCCACGUGGCAACUUUUGGAAAGAACACUUUUCAGCAGAUGAAUUCUAUAUAUUACCAGAAUUGAUAGUAAUUGCUUGCAUUUAUAUAGUACUUGUUAUACUAAGUUUCUAUGCAGCUAUGCAAUUACGAGCAAGAAGACUAUUACAUGUAUCUUAUAAGUUAUUUAUGGCUUCUUUGCUUUGUCAAUUAGUGGGGAUUCUGUUUGAAAUGUAUAGUUACAUAAAUCUUGGCCUAAGAGGAAUAUCAUCAGACGGUGCUUCAUUGUUAGGUCAACUUUUAGAAGCAUCUUCAGAUAUUUUGUAUACCCUACUUAUGUUAUUACUUGCACUUGGUUUCACAGUAACUAAAAGUGUGUUAAAACCUAAACAAAUUCGAUGGCUUAUAUGUUUUAUUGGUCUUAUUUCAUUCUGUCAAUUGUCACUGUAUAUUUAUCAGUCAGAUGUGUUUGAUCCUGGAUUAGUACUAUACAUCUAUGAAUCACCACCAGGUUAUGGACUAAUAAUAUUAAAAUUGAUAGCAUGGAUUGUAUUCUGUGUUUGUUGUUUUAAGACUGUUAGAAAAAUGUCAGCCAAGCUUUAUUUUUAUGGUUCAUUAUUUUCAUUGGGAUCAGCAUGGUUUUUGUGUCAUCCAUUAACGAUACUCUGCAUCACUCUGUUAAUAGAUGAAUGGGUGCGAGAAAGCGUUGCUAAAGGAUGUUCAUUGUGGAUUGUUUUUAUGGGCCAUAUAGUAUUUUUAUACAUCACUAGACCAUCUAUGGCCAAUAAGCGUUUUCCGUUUCAUAUUAGGACAUGUCAAGUCAUGCCAAUUGGUGGUGAUGGUCAAGACCAUGGCUAUGAACCUCAUGUUAGAACAGCAAGUUCUGCAUUCACCAUUUCACAUCUACCUCCACCUACUUUGCAAUCUUAACCAUAAGCAUGUUCUAAAAUAGGUGAUAAUUUAUGUAAGUAUAAUUAAAUAAUGACUCUAUUUUUAUUACUCUAUUUUAAUAUUUACAACUAAGAACAGGCACAUUAUACACAGGUACAAUUAGUUUAAGAGAAAUUAAAUGUUAAUUUACAUGUGAUACUAAUGCCUUUAUCAUUUUUUUCUUAUUAGAAAAAUAUUUACAAUAAACUUACAUAAUUUUUUGAUAUCACAUAUAGGAAUUAUCUGAGAAUUUUAAAUCAUAACAAUUAU